UGCAAAUGGUUUGAUCAUCUGUCAGGUCUUCUUGGAUAAGAGUCAAGCUAUGCGAGACAUGAUCCGAGUCGAAUAUAAUGAUACAAAUAUCGAAUGGGGUUUCCAAAAUUGUUACCCUCGAAAUAAUUUUGGUUACCUUAUUGUCAACGAAUAAAGAGGCUCAGGACACUGCGACGUCACCCUUCUGGAAUCUGGUCCUUUCGGUUUCCUGAUCACAGGUUCUUUACUUCUUUCUUCUAUCUCAGAAGCCUUCAUCUCUACCUUUCGUGGUUUCAUUUUCCGUCUGCAUAGCGUUAGUAGUGUAUAUUGUAGGGAUGCACACCAUGUGUUCACCGAAUUGACUCAAAGAGCUUGAGAAUGAGCUUCACAUGAUACUUUGUACCCUCGAAAAGAAAAGCUAAAAUUGUUUUAUCAUGGGAGACAACGGGUUAUGGUAGAAAGCUAUUCAUUCGUUGUCUUAAUUUAGAUUGGAGUGUUGUAUUAAAAUGGGGACUGGAUGGUAUCUGAAGAGCUUCAAAGAUGGAAGCUUUAGCAUUUAUGCUAAACUGUACAAUCUGCACAUUGGGAGAAGAUUUUCUCUAUGGUCAAUGAAGAAAGACCCAGAGCUUGAAUCUGCAUUAUCUCGAAACCGUCGAUGGAUAGUGAAUAACCAGAUAAAGAACAUAAUUCUGAGAUGUCCUAACCAGGUUGCUUCAGUUAAGUUCCUGCAGAAGAAGUUCAAGACUCUGGAUCUUCAAGGAAAGGCCAUGAAUUGGCUCAAGAAGUAUCCCUGCUGCUUUGAAGUGUUUCUGGAGAACAACGAAUACUAUUGCCAGAUGACCAAGAGAAUGAUGUUUUUGGUUGAUGAGGAAGAAUCUGUGAAGGAUAUGCAGGAACCAGUGUUUGCUGAGAGACUAGCUAAGUUGUUAAUGAUGAGCCGUGACCAGAGACUGAAUGUCACUAAGCUCAAUGAAUUGAGGAGGAACUUUGGGUUUCCUGAUGAUUAUUUACUCAGAAUUGUGCCCAAGUAUGAUCAAGUUUUUCGAGUUGUUAAUCACACAGGGAGGCGGAGUUCAAUGGAGAUUGAACUCACGUCGUGGAACCCUGACUUAGCUGUCUCUUGUGUUGAAAGAGUAGCGGAGAAGGAGGGUCACGAGCCACGCUUUUCAUGCUCGUUGCCAGCAAGUUGGGUGAAAUCGCGGGAAAGGUUUCAAGAAUUUAACUCCACACCUUACAUUUCACCUUACUUGGACCCUAAAGGUUUAGUGGAAGGAUCAAUGGAGAUGGAUAAGAGAACAGUGGGGCUAGUGCAUGAAUUACUGUCAUUAACCUUGUGGAAGAAAGCAUCAAUUGUGAAGUUAGGCCAUUUCAGAAGAGAGUUCUGUUUGCCUGAGAAACUAAACAUCCUGUUGCUCAAGCAUCCUGCCAUAUUCUAUGUUUCAAACAGGUACCAGAUAUACACUGUUCUCCUCAGAGAAGCGUACGAUGGAUCUGAGCUCAUCGACAAGGAUCCUCUUGUCGUUGUAAAGGAGAAAUUCGGAGAACUAAUGCAAGAGGGCCUGCAUGAGUACAACCGGCGACACCACUUGCUAAAUUUAGAGAAAAAGAGGAAGAGGGGCAUUGUAGCAGUAGAACCACAGAAAAGAGGAAACCAAAAUGGUGAAGUUUCAGAGAAGGAUGAUGAUCAAGUUGGUGGAGGAGAUCUUGGUGGCAUAUUUGACCCAGAAGAAAGGAAACGAUUCUAUAGAGUUCUCUUUGAUGACAGUUCCCCAUAAGCUUUAGUGCAGAAGAUCCUAUGCUCAAUGCAGUUCCCCAUUACCAGGUACUUUUGUAACCCAUGAAAAAUAAUAAUCUAUUAUGGAUAUCAAGUUUAUCAACUACUUCUGUUUCAAGUUUUCAUGAUCAUUACACAACCAAACAACACAACAAUCCAAUGCUGACAUAGUACAUAUAAUAUACUACAUAGA